CGGAGGAGGAGAGUGGCGACAGCGGCAGGCUGGUAGCUGUGCUGCAGGACCCGGGCUAUGAGGUGCUGUGGAGCGCAGUGGACACCACCGUCGACGACCCGCGGCUGAGGCGCCAGCAGCCACUGUUCUUCGGCCCGCCACCCUCCUCAUCCUCCUCCUCAAGUGCAUGCAGCGGGGGACGCGAGGGGUGCGACGGUAGCGCCAGGGCUGGCGGCAGCGCUGGAGGCGGCGCCGGCAGCCGGAGUUGCAAUAGUGAUGGCGUUGUGGAAGAUGACGACAGCAGCAGCAGCGGGAGCAGCAGCUGGGAGGAGGAGGAGGAGGAGGAUGACCCAUGGGUCGCUGCUGGUGGCGCCCCGCUGAUAGCAGAGGUUGGCCCCGGCGAGGUGCUGUACCUGCCCUCCAUGUGGUUCCACCAAGUGGAGCAGCGGCUGGGGCCGGCAGCAGGGGCGGCAGCAGCGGCGGGGGCAGGGGAGGAGCAGGAGCAAGAAAAGGAGGAGGUAAAGGAGGAGGAGCAGCAGCAGGAGGCGGAGGGCGACUACGUGAUCGCAGUCAACUUCUGGUACGACAUGCGGUACGACAGCCGCUACGCGGACUUCAAGCUGGGUGAGGGGCUGGCGGUGCUGCUGGGGAUGGCCCAGGAGCCGCCGGGCAGGGAGG